GCCAAUUUCAGGGGCAGCUCCGGUUCCCUCCCCGCCCCCUGCUCCUAUUCCUCCUCCUGACCCUUUUUCUCUUGGCUCUUUCGGCAGUUUCUCCAGGACCCAGCAGUAUCCUCUGGUCACUGCUCUGGGCCAUUCCCUACCCCACCCCCACCUGGAGUCCCUUACCUUAGGAUUCAGGAUCCAGAGGCCCCUCCCCACCUCAGCUAACCUCCUUCUGGACCAGGAGACUGAGCCAGAGCCCACUACCUCCAUGAAUACCACAGACAGGAUGGGGGCCAGAGCGAUGCCGGCUCUGCGUCUGACACUGCUGCUACUGCUGGUGCUAGGGGCACCUCAGACCGGGGUGCAGGGGGAGGACGGGCUGGACUUCCCUGAGUAUGACGGCGUGGACCGGGUCAUCAACGUCAACGCAAAAAACUAUAAGAAUGUGUUCAAGAAGUAUGAGGUGCUGGCGCUGCUCUAUCACGAGCCCCCCGACGACGACAAAGCCUCACAAAGGCAAUUUGAGAUGGAGGAACUGAUCCUGGAGUUAGCAGCCCAAGUCCUAGAAGACAAGGGUGUUGGCUUCGGGCUGGUGGACUCUGAGAAGGACACAGCUGUGGCCAAGAAACUAGGACUAACUGAAGAGGACAGCAUUUACGUGUUCAAGGGAGAUGAAGUUAUUGAGUAUGAUGGCGAGCUCGCAGCUGACACCCUGGUGGAAUUUCUUCUUGACGUGCUAGAGGACCCUGUGGAGUUGAUCGAGGGUGAUAAAGAGCUUCAGGCAUUUGAGAAUAUUGAGGAUGAGAUAAAACUCAUUGGCUACUUCAAGAACAAAGAUUCAGAGCAUUUCAAAGCCUUUGAGGAUGCAGCGGAGGAGUUUCAUCCCUACAUUCCCUUCUUCGCCACCUUUGACAGCAAGGUGGCAAAGAAACUGACCCUGAAGAUGAAUGAGAUUGAUUUCUAUGAGGCCUUCAUGGAAGAACCUGUAACCAUCCCAGACAAGCCCAAUAGCAAAGAAGAGAUUGUCAGCUUUGUAGAGGAGAACCGGAGAUCAACCCUGAGGAAACUGAAGCCUGAGAGUAUGUAUGAGACCUGGGAGGACGAUCUGGAUGGGAUCCACAUUGUUGCCUUUGCAGAGGAAGCUGAUCCUGAUGGUUAUGAGUUCUUAGAGAUUCUCAAGUCUGUGGCCCAAGAUAACACUGAAAACCCAGAUCUUAGUAUCAUCUGGAUUGACCCUGAUGACUUCCCCCUGCUGGUCCCAUACUGGGAGAAGACGUUUGACAUCGACUUGUCAGCCCCACAAAUAGGAGUCGUCAAUGUUACUGAUGCGGAUAGCAUCUGGAUGGAGAUGGACAAUGAGGAGGACCUGCCUUCAGCUGAGGAGCUGGAGGACUGGCUGGAAGAUGUGCUGGAGGGAGAAAUCAACACAGAGGACGAUGACGAUGAUGACGAUGAUGACGACGAUGAUGACUAGUUGCUGUGGCAACCAUCUUCCAGUCCAACCUGCUUUCCUCAUGCUCCCUCCUGCCUUCCUGUCCUUCCCUGAGCUCCUCUGGGGACACUAGGCCAUCCUUCGUCAUAGGGCCCAUUGGGGUCUAUGUGCUGGUGCUAAGACUCUGGUCCCCUUUAUCUGAUGAGGAAAGGAGCUGCUUUUCUCUAGAUGUCAGCCAAGCCCUCUCAUCUGACUUGGGUUUCUUGUCUCAUCAUUUACCAGCAGCAUCUAUUAUUUGUUUCUUCCUUUACUCUCUACACUCUCUCUCCUGAUUCUCCUCUUGUUGUAGCUACAGGUCCCCGUCUCUCCUGUUAUCCCCCUCCCUCACUCUCUCAAACCCUAUAUCCUGACUGUCUGUCUGAUCCCUGGCCAGGAGGAAGGGAGGGUACUGUGUUUGGAGCUGUAACACAGCAAUCUCUUGUUAAUGUAUUUGGGUCAAAUGAGAGGCCUCAAUAAAGAGAUCUGGGGCAGCAU